AUGGAGUCGUUCAUCUCAUGCAAGAGACGUCGCGUGUCAGCAGACACGCUGGCGAAUCCCACUACGCCGUAUGACGAAGACCACGAAGAGGAAACAACGGAUGUCAAAUUAGCGAUUCUCUCGUCGCUAUAUCCAGAGAGGCACCAGAACGACCUGCUUGAAGUCCUGUUGAGCUACGAAGGCUCUGUUAACCUGGCUAUCGAGUCCUUGUCAGCCUCGAUAAAAGAUUCACCGUCAACGCCAACGCGUCGACUCACCGCGCCUGGUCUGCAAAGUGCUCUUCCUUUCACGUUGGAGAAUAAAAGCCCGUCAAAAUCCGGGUUGCCACCGUUGACAAGGAAAGGGAAGACACUACACUUGUACACGCCGCAGGAUAUCGCGACACACACGCCCUGCUCCAUCGUUCAUAACUUCCUCCCACCGGAUCUAGCCAACGCAUUACUGGACGAACUUCUAGCCGAAGUCCCCAGCUACGAGAGUGUCAGGUUCAAAAUCUUCGACCGUGUGGUCAAAUCUCCGCACACGGCGUGCUUCUACGUUGACAGCCUGGUGGAACUCCAGCGCCAGAGGAGCGAGUACUACUACAACGGGAAUGACUUGGGGGAUAUCCGCCAGAUCCUCCCUGUGAUGCGUCAAGUCAGCGACCUGGUUCGCGACGCCGUGAACAAGGAAAUCGCCAUUCGCAUCCGUGACUUCUACCCUGACAGCAAGAAGCUCAAGUACCAGUCACCCCAAGAAUGGCAACCGAACGCUGCGUUCGUGAAUUGCUACGACGGAGGCGCCCAGCACGUCGGCUACCAUUCUGACCAGCUUUCUUAUCUCGGUCCACGACCCAUCAUCGGUAGCCUGAGCCUGGGCGUGGCACGAGAGUUUCGUGUGCGAAAAAUCGUGCCCAAAGACGACCCGGACGACAACAAAGAGAAGACCAAGUCCGAUUCGUCCAAUCAUCCAGCUUCUGCCGCCGACAUCUCCGGUCAAAUCGCCAUUCAUCUACCUCAUAACUCACUUCUGGUCAUGCACGCGGAGAUGCAAGAGGAAUGGAAACAUAGCAUCGCGCCGGCAGUGACCAUCACGCCGCAUCCGGUGGCAGGCAACAAGCGCAUCAACAUCACCUAUCGCUGGUACCGAGAAGAAUUCCGACCGAAACACACUCCAAAAUGUCGUUGCGGCGUACCCUGCGUGUUGAAGACCGUGCAGAGACAAAGAGCCAAUCGCGGGAGGUAUAUGUGGAUGUGUCAAGUUGGGAACAAACCAGAUGGAGGCAAGGGAUGCGGGUGGUUUGAGUGGGCGAGGUUCACGGACGAUGGAGUGCCGGUUGGUUGGAAAGUUGGUGGCAAUGAAGAUGCCAACAGAAAGAAGCGAGAGGAUGCUUGUGAUUCUGAGUUGGCGCAUGACUAA